ACGCCCCGGCUCUGCAGCGUUUAGUAGCCAUAGUCAAGUUAGUUUGCUGUUCGUGUUGUUUUUAGUAGGAAGUUACUGUGCGCGAUGGCGGUUGUAACGGUGCGAUGAUAACGCAAGCGCGGAUGCUUAGUAAAGCCAUUUAGAAAACAUUAACUAGACGGCAUUGAAACGACAAACGACGGAAUAGUUGUAACGAAGCGACAGCGACUUCCUGAACCCCCGAAAUUGAAGAAGAUCCCAACCGAAAGUUACAUAGAGUGAUCGCUGGUAAUAAACGAAUCUGCACCCACACCGCUUACGAGUAGUUUAGUGAAGCCACCCUUUGAGUGGGAAUGAUCACUUCUCCGGUUGAGUUUUAAUCGAUUCAGUCAGGUUUGAAUCAAUUGGAGUCGAUAGUAAACAGCCUUGAGUGAAUCGAGAGUGACGGAGGUGAUUGUGGUGAUUGUGUGGCUAAUAUAUUCGUGCUUUUAUUGGAGCAAAAUAAGAAAAAAUCGGUAGAAAAUUGAAGAAAUGCCUGGAAAGGUAGAAGUGAUCAGUAUAUGUUAUUAUCAAGAAUCGAUGAAAUUUACUUUGUGAAAUUGUAAGAAAUUUUUUGAAAUCAUGCAACGAACUAGUAAUUGUAGUACAAUUAUGAAUCUGCGUUUAGAUGUGUAAGAAAAAGAAACAUUCUGGAAUUGAACUGAGUUGAUUACGACCAGUGGCAAAAUGUUACCGAUAUUGAAAUAAAUUAGAACGAAUAAUAAUACAACCUAAACCAAAGAGCACAAAUCAAAUCAGUAAAUAUUAAGUUUAGUGAAUUCUACACCACAAAAAAAAAUAAAAAAUAACUAAAGAAAAAUCUAAAAAAUACGAAAAUUACGAAUAAAAUUUAAUGAAAUAAACACGAUUUAAAAAUAAAUAAAUAAAGUAAAAAUGUCCGAAACAGAAUUAAGCACUCGACGCCACCGACCGAUACCACCCACCGAAUCAUUUUUACAAUAUGGGAGCGGAAAACCACCACCCAUUGUAGUGGUUGUUGGCGAUGGUAGAAGUCGUGUGCGACGUGUAGUCCGACAGUCAACACGACAUGUUACUGUUGUAAGCUAUUCAACACGACAUAAAGAAACACACAGUCAUACAUCACAUCAUGUUACGACUGUAAGUUUCCCACAAAAGGUAAUCGAACGUUCGGGUUCAGGACAGUAUUCAUUACCGGCACCCGGUUCUAUAUCGUCGUCAUCAAGUAGCGGCCUUGGUGGUUAUGUCUACCUCCAGCAGCAGCAACAUUAUAAUCCGCCACCACAGCAAAUAAUCUAUCAACAACAACAACAGCAACAGCAACAAAAUCAAAUGUGUCAUCAACCAAUUCAUUAUCGGCAUUUGCAUCAUGGUCAUCACCAUGGUGGAGCCGUGGUUAUUGCUGGAAGUGGUGUUGGCACAGGAAUUGGUGGAACAACUUCCAUUCAGACGCUACACAAGAAAAAUUCUGUACGAAAUGGUAACGAUGUGCUGAAACGUUCACGAGCCCAAACAGCGUAUGAGCUCUCACAAGAUCUUUUAGAGAAACAAAUUGAGUUACUCGAGCGUAAAUAUGGCGGCUUGAAGGCACGCAAUGCCGCUAUCACAAUACAACGUGCCUUCCGACAUUACAUGAUGGUUAAGAAAUUCGCCUCAAUUACGGCAAUGGUAAAGGCGGAGAAACGAUUGAGUCGUCGAACAAUGAUGGCAGCAAAUUCAACAAUGAAUGCUGACGAUGGUCCACCAUCGAAUUCAUCAUCGUCGACUUAUGGUAGCGCGAUAAUAGAAAAUCAUGCCGAUAACCCACAAAAUCAAUCUCCACAACAACCAAGAGUUUGCGCUACUAUAACUGCAACGCCCCCUGGCUGCCAUGCUGCAACAAAUCGCAUUCCGCCCACUAGAUCGAUGUCGCUUCGCGAACGUCGUCAGAUUGACUCAAGUCCAAUUCCACGCAGUCAGUCUGGUAACACAUCUCCGAUGCCGCCUGCUUCGUCUUCAGCCUCGACUUGGUCCCAAACUUCUUCAAUCAUAGGUGGAGGACCUUCGUCAUCCACUUCCACACAUCCACACGUUAAUCUGUUGCAUGCUUCAGAACAGCAUUAUUAUAGCACCCCUGUUUGCCAGCAGCAGCCCUUGCACUAUCAGGCCGGACAAGUUCCUUACCAAUGCGCCCCACAUGAUAGUAGCUAUUCUUCCCAACAAUUGGAUUUGUCAUUGAAUUCAUCUUGGAAUCCUCAUUCGCCACACACACCCUACUAUACGGCAGCUCAAAUCUACAUGCGACCACGUGGCACAACCCCAACGGGCAGUGGAAAGCGAAUACCACCUGAAGUCCCCAAGCGCACAUCGUCAAUAACAACGCAACAGCAGCAGCGCCAAACACCUCCGCCUCCUUCAAUGAUGGAUACCUCGCGCCAUCUGAGACCAAACGGUCUGUGCAAAACCUCUGAAAACGGAAGCCUGACCUCCGUUCAAAGCUCGGGCAGUGAUAGCAGCGCAGCUUCGGCUGAACGCGUAGCAAACUGUGAUCUCAGUUCGGAUCGAUCGAAUUCACCGCAAACAUGGAAACGCGGUACGAAUUUGAAUAGUUCGAACCAAUUCGCUCAGUCUCCAGAUCAUCUGAUGAUGAUGUCCUCGCAUCCGAGUGCUUCGCCUUCUGCGCAUCACAUGGUACCAGAGGAAUGCAUGAGUUCGCAUACAAGUGCAGCUCAAUACGAGCAACAUGAACAGAAUGAACAGCUCGCCGUUGCCGCAACCACACCUCAAAACUAUAAAGUGUCGGAAACAAUACGAAAGCGCCAAUACCGGGUGGGUUUGAACCUAUUCAAUAAAAAGCCGGAGAAGGGUAUUGCUUACUUGAUUAGAAGAGGCUUCCUUGAGAACACGCCCCAGGGUGUGGCAAGAUUCCUCAUCUCGAGGAAGGGCUUGUCACGUCAGAUGAUUGGAGAAUACCUGGGUAACUUGCAAAAUCCAUUCAACAUGGCUGUUCUGGAAUGUUUCGCUGCGGAACUAGACCUAUCUGGCAUGCAAGUUGACGUGGCGCUGAGGAAAUUCCAGGCAUACUUCCGUAUGCCAGGCGAGGCACAAAAAAUCGAACGACUGAUGGAAGUGUUUUCGCAGCGGUACUGUCACUGUAAUUCUGAUAUUGUGGCGCGGCUCCGGUCUUCCGAUACGGUAUUCGUCCUAGCGUUCGCUAUCAUCAUGCUCAACACGGACUUACAUACGCCCAAUCUAAAGCCGGAGCGUCGAAUGCGUGUUGAUGAUUUCAUUAAGAAUUUGCGCGGUAUCGAUGACUGCCACGAUAUCGACCGCGAUAUGUUGGCUGGAAUUUAUGAGCGCGUCAAAGCAAACGAAUUCAAACCUGGCAGUGAUCAUGUCACCCAAGUCAUGAAAGUUCAAGCAACCAUUGUUGGAAAGAAACCAAAUCUAGCGUUACCACAUCGGCGUCUGGUAUGUUAUUGUCGAUUAUACGAAAUCCCCGAUAUCAAUAAAAAAGAACGCCCCGGAGUACAUCAGCGCGAAGUUUUCCUGUUCAACGAUCUGCUCGUUAUUACGAAGAUAUUUAGCAAGAAAAAGUCGUCGGUUACCUAUACUUUUAGAAAUAGUUACCCCUUGUGUGGGAUGGUUGUUACUUUAUUAGAUGUUCCAAAUUACCCAUUCUGCAUACGGCUAUCACAAAAAGUUGAUGGCAAAGCCCUGGUUACAUUCAAUGCUCGCAACGAACACGAUCGAUGUAAAUUUGCCGAAGAUUUGAGGGAAUCGAUUAGCGAAAUGGACGAAAUGGAGCAGUUGCGAAUUGAAGCUGAAUUAGAGCGACAGAAAUCGGCAAGAGGCGGUAAUCGCAAUACUGCAUCAUCAGAAAACCGUGAUAGUGGGGUGGCUGAUGUGGAAGUGUGUCCAUGUCCUUUCCAAGCACCCCCAAGUGGAGAUACCAUAAUGGCCGGCGCCCAUGAUCAGUCCGCGCAAUUGAAACGCAGUGCAUUGAGCAAUAGUUUGUUAGACAUGCACGAGCAAUUUGGUAAUGAGAAGCCACAACGACGGGGCAGUGUAGGCUCGCUAGAUAGCGGUAUGUCAAUAUCAUUCCAAUCAACAUCGGCCAGUACUGCAUCGCGAGAGAAUGCAGCCGUCGUCGCAGCUGCAGCGAAUGCAGCAGCGGCUAAAAUGCGAUUUCCGCCGCCUGUUCAAAUGGCAGCCAGUCAACAUGGAGUGAUCCAUCCUCCCAAUAGCAACGCGACUGCGAUGGGUUUCCCACCACAGCAGCAAGUUGCCAUGCGAUUACAGCGGGAAAGGAAACUCUCCAGGCCCGAUGAGAACGGCCGGUCAACAGAGGUCUAGCCGUCCUCCCAAGCGUAGGGAAUGUUACAUUAUUAAUUCCGUGAAGCCAGGAAAUCAAAUUAUUAUGAAUGAUAUUAUAUAUGUGUAUUUGUAACAAAUCAUAUUCUUUCCUUUUCGGAGGAAAACUGUACAUCUUUUCAAUCUAAUCGAUAAUUUGUUAAUUGUAUCUUUUGUUUCGAACUCUACGUUGUUUUUUUUUUUGUUAAAUCUUCUGUUUUGAUUUUUCUUCUGUUUAUAUAAAUAUAUAUAUAUUUUUUAUUUAAUUUACUCGGCAAGCUUUAGGCAUUAAGAUGUGUAUAUCGGAACUUUUGGAUUUAAGUAAAGAAUUGGAAUUCAGUGAGGUGAGAAUGAGAAAUGCUAGAUUACACACGCUGCAUGGUAUUUCUCUUGUAUAUAUAUCAAAUUGUACUUUUUGUAUGUAUAUGUUUCUAUAUGACGUCAUUUCUAAGUCUUAGUUAUUUUAUCGAAACGCGCGGAACAAGGAAAGACAUAGCGAUAUGCCAAAAAAUGGUGAAUGAUGAUAAACACAAUAAUGAAAACGCGACACGAGCAUUCAAAGUAGUUUUAUACUCUGAGGGAAGGAAGUCAGAUGAUUCGUUUCAUUAUUGGUGUUGGCCGUUUAGAUAGCAGCUUCAGAUAUUUGAAUUGAAAUUACCGUUUUGUGGGAAUAUAUUCAGUGCAGGGUGGGAAAAAAAAAACAUAACAAUAACAAAAUAAUAUAUUUAUAAAUCGAUAACUUGGUAGUUGGGGGAUUAGUUAUCGAGCUAGGUUAACAGGAUAAAGUUAAUUGUGUUUUUGUAUUUAAUUCUUUAAUAAGAUCAGCGGAGCUAUUCGUUUAUUCAAGUUGUGGAAUAAAAGCAAUAACUAAAUUGAGAAGAAAAGUGAAACCGUUUCCAAAUCAAAACCAAAACUCAAAGUCAAAAGCUCUAUGAUACACAAAGCAAUUGCAAAAUGUUACAAAUCAAUUCAAAAACUCAGCAAAUAUAGAUAUUCGUUCCAUUAACUCAAGUCAAAUUGAAUCGAAACAUACAAAAAUGAGAAAAAAAAAUGUUAAUAAGGAAUAGAAGUCAUAAUGAAUUUAAAUUUAAAUUGAAAAUCGCAGAAAGUGCAGAAACGUGAAAGAAAAAGUCAGUAUGUAUAAUUAUAUGGUAUCUCUCCGAAAUAAUAAAUUAACAAUAAUAUUGCUAAAAUAAUAUAAAAAUAAACGAACUGAUUGUGAGUUAUAAAGUAAA